AAAGCACACAGCACGAGACGGGGACACUGAAGGGACUAACUGCCUAAAGGAUUGUAUAUUCUCUCCACUGUUCUGGAUUAUAACUUUCCUGGGAACCUAUUUAGUGAGUGGUGGUAUGCUGGCCGACUCACUUCGAACAGAGUUUAUGGCCCGAGGCAUUUCCACAACAGAACCUCUUCCAAAAACUAGUGUACUUCUCGAGGAAACUUGAAGCUUUUCUUUACCCUCAUUUACAGGUGUAAGAAAUGGUUGGCAUGAAACCCAAAGACGUGGUGCCCUCUGCGGCAGUUAAGUUCUUUGGCGCAGGCACGGCGGCUUGCAUUGCUGAUCUAAUCACCUUUCCAUUGGAUACCGCCAAAGUCAGAUUACAGAUUCAGGGGGAGUCUCAAAAAGUUGAAGGGGCUAGUACAAUGAAGUAUCGGGGAGUGUUUGGCACCAUCACCACCAUGUGGCGUACAGAAGGGCCCAGAAGUCUUUACAGUGGACUGGUGGCAGGACUUCAGAGACAAAUGAGCUUCGCCUCUAUCCGAAUUGGCCUUUACGACUCCAUGAAGCAAUUCUACACUCGAGGCACUGAGAGUGCUGGGAUCGUUACUCGGCUUAUGGCGGGCUGUACCACAGGAGCCAUGGCUGUGGCUUUAGCACAACCAACAGAUGUGGUGAAGGUGCGUUUCCAAGCUCAGGUACGACUAGCUGAUGGCGGGAGAAGAUACAACAGCACCUUGAACGCCUACAAGAUGAUUGCCCGAGAUGAGGGAGUACGGGGCCUUUGGAAAGGUUGUAUGCCCAACAUCACUCGUAAUGCCAUUGUAAACUGUGCAGAGCUGGUGACCUAUGACCUGAUUAAAGAACUCAUCCUGAAGUAUGGCCUAAUGACAGACAACCUGCCGUGCCACUUCACUGCUGCAUUUGGUGCAGGCUUCUGCACAACAGUAGUUGCUUCUCCUGUGGAUGUAGUCAAAACACGGUUCAUGAAUUCGGCGGAUGGCCAGUACAGGAGCGCUAUCAACUGUGCUCUCACCAUGGUGAGAAAUGAAGGACCCACAGCCUUCUAUAAAGGUUUCAUGCCUUCUUUCCUGCGACUGGGGUCAUGGAACAUUGUGAUGUUUGUGACUUAUGAACAAAUUAAAAGAGGUAUGACCAAGACACAACAGUACUGGGAGUCGCCACUUUGACCUCAGCUUGUCAGACUUUCUUCACAGCCCAACCUUCACCACGAGGCAGUGGUGACCCAGGAUUGGAAAAAGAUGUUCUAAAGACUCAUUGCAGGAGGCUGUAGCUCUUCAACCUUCGAAAGGAACACAGACUCUAAGGGCAUUGUUGCAAUACAGAAUGAUUUAAGGAUGCACGUAUAACGAAAGCAUUCAAAAUAUGCUUAUUUAGCUGUAAAAGACGGAUGUGAAAUCAUUAUUCCAGAAGAUUACUGUAUGUUUUUAUCUCUUAUCCACAUAUAUACUAAAAACCUUGAUCAGCGGACUGUUACAUAGCUUUGAGAUGGAUUUCCGUGUUUACAAGAAUGAACUGUGAGAUAAUGUGAAUAAUGUUACUGUGUCAUUUUAUUUUUUAAUUUAGGGUAGGUUUUCCAUUAGGGUAUUAGACAGAUUGAGUCUGGCUACACAGACCUAAACAGUGACCAUUUCUAUGUUCCUUACGUUGCUUUUAGUGUUAUAAUUUACAAUGUUUACCAUUGUUUGUGAAUGUGUUCAGGGAUUUAAAGGUAAAUCAUUGUGCUGCUCAUUGUAAAUAGCAUGAUUUAUUGCUGGUCAAUAAGUUCUAAAUAUGUUGUGCACAGUGUCAAAUAAUGUCAAAAUGAAUAAAUGAAGUGCCAUUUU